AUUCAAUCCCCCCUGCCAGACGCUGGCCACCCCCAUCACCUCAUUACUGAAAAUAAACUGGAGUUCUCCAUGGCAACUGUAGCCCUCAUUGCCUGUCGCAGCUAAUCCUCAGGAGCUCAUUCAAUUCGUACUUGUGGUAAGAGGGUUUAUCGGCAGCUCCAGUGCCCAAGAAUUUUUCACAUACAAACACAGAUUUUCGUUUGUCGUACUGGAACAAAAAACAAACUUACAGUAGUUACAGCCGCUGCAAGCAGCAGAGGAGUGGGCCUGGUUUGUGCGCCAGCCCUGGAAACUUGAGGCAGUCAGACAGCCUUGGUGGGAACAUGGACUUUAGGAGCAGUGACCCCAUUUUGCUGCUGUUUCUUUGUUUGCUGGGGACCGCUCUGGAUGGGAAGCAACAGGAACGAGGAUACCUGCAGGAGGCUCUCAGAACCUUGGAUGUACCCCUGGGGAGAGAAGAAGAGCCUCAGCUGCAAAAGAACUACACUGGUGUUCUGAUCACCACGCUUCUGCAGGCGGUGCAUUGCGCAGAAUGGACCUCCCAGGACAACUGUGACAAGUGCCUGACACCAGACAUAGCCCUCUCAGUGCUAAAAGAUGGUGGGAGGGCUGCUCUCACUGAGGAGGACUACCAGCAGAUCUCAACUGUUCUGCUGUACUACAUAAUUAACUUGGAAGAUCUGUGCAUGUCAAACACUGCUUCCACCUCGUCCCCGUCGUCCUCCUCGUCUGAGAACCAUCAGUUCUACCUUUUGGCCCUCACCAAUCUACACCCAGCUGAGGACAAUCAGCUCCUAUCACCUAGUGAAACGGAAAGUAUUCUGCAGCUCAUCAACAAGCACUAUGACCCCUCCAGCCAAGAUGCCUCAUCUGAUUUGCAUUGUAUUGAUGCCACUCGUCUACUUGAAGAUGCUGACAUAAAAGAAAAUCCAGGUGCUGGUGACACUUCUGUGCCCAGACUGGCAGCGGCAAUCAUCGGCCAUAUCCUGCAGGGCCACUGUUUCAGACGGAGGAACCUCCCAUCUCCUGCGUUUUUUACCAACUACAUCUUUCGGUCCCUAAAUCGCACAAGUAACCUGCAGAUUAUAGACUUGGAGGAGUUGCUUCAUCAGCUGGGAGUAGGACAGGAAGGUGCAGCCCAUUCUCAAAACAGGAAGAGGUGGAGCAUCACAGGAAGCUCACAGAAAGUGGCUGGACAUCAGGUGGACAGCUGCAACCAUGGAGAAAUCAGCAGAGACUGGGCACAGGUGUGUUUUUCAGCCAAUCAGUUGGUGGAUAUUUUUGGUCUGGAUCCUCAUUUGCCAAUUUCCAAGGAGCAGUUCAUACAAAUUUGCCCAGCCAUCAUUCAGCAGUUGCUAGGCAGUGCCUGUGAGUCUGCAGAGCAAAAGGCAAGAGGAUCUCAGCCCACUGCUCUUGAGAAGUACGGCUAUAGCACAGCUGCUGUCCUGCUCAUCACAGUUGGCUCCAUGUUCGGCAUCUGCUUGAUCUUCCUCAGCUCCUGCCAGGAAACCUACACACUCAUCCUGCAGCUGUUUGUGGGCCUGGCAGUGGGAACGCUCUCAGGAGAUGCGCUCCUGCACCUCACACCACAGAUCCUUGGCCUCCAUGAUGACACCCACAGUCAUGACGAUGAGCAUUACCCUGAAGGAAAGGAGUAUCUGUGGAAGAUUGUGGGGAUGAUCGCUGGGAUCUAUAGCUUUUUCCUUAUUGAGAGAAUGUUCUUCUUUUUUGUUCCUUCUUAUGGCCAUGGUCACUCCAGUCACCUUCCCUUAGAGCUCAGCCGCAAUGGUGAGUCACAGAGGGGCAAGUCCAUCUCCACCAUACAGCUGGGACCAGUUGAUGACUUGGAGUGUACAGAAAUAUCUCCUGAGCACGUAGCCAAAAGAGGCCCCUCACAUCAGAGACAAGGGGUUCCUCUGCUGGCUGUAAUGGUAAUCGUGGGAGACAGCCUUCAUAACUUUGCAGAUGGCUUGGUUGUUGGGGCAGCCUUCUCCUCUUCAACUGAGGCUGGCAUGGCGACCACCCUAGCUAUCCUGUGUCAUGAGAUCCCACAUGAGAUGGGGGACUUUGCAGUGUUGCUCAGCUCUGGACUCUCAGUGAGGACCGCUGUGCUAAUGAACUUCCUCAGUGCUCUGACAGCCUUCAUGGGGCUCUACAUUGGCCUGUUUGUUUCCUCAGAGACAGAAGUUCAACAGUGGAUCUUUGCUGUCACUGCUGGCAUUUUCCUCUACUUGUCACUGGUAGAAAUGCUUCCAGAGAUGAGUCGAGUGAAGACCGACAGACCAUGUCUCAUGUUUUUCCUGCAGAACCUUGGCCUGUUGAUGGGCUGGGCCUGCCUUCUGCUCCUCGCACUCUUUGAACAUCAACUGAAAUUCUAAACAUGCACGUGCAUAUGUCUGUUCAAGUGUACUUAGACAGUAUCUACUGAUUUUUAGUGUUUUAAAUUUUCAUCGUCUAGUUCAUUAUUAUCUUCCGUGCACAAUUCUUCACACUUGCAGCUGUUAGCGUGAGCAACUGGGACGUUUAAUCAAGUCAUCUUUGGUCAACAAUUGACUGUUUGAUGAUGUUAUAGUCUUAAUACUGGAUUAUAAAUAUGUUAUAAGUGUAUGAAUCUUUUUUUAUACAUGAUGAUUUAUUUUUGUACAUUAGGUAUUAUGGGUAGCUCUAUCUGGACCCUACAUGUCUCUUAUUACCUUACCUUAGAGAGCAUGAACAACACAACUGUGCUUUCUGUUAAUCAAUAAAAUACUCUUGUUGCCUCAGACAAUCAAAUUAUUUGAUUUCGAACUCAUUUCUCACCAGCA